AUGAAAAAUCCUAUAUUAGUGAUAUUAUUAAUUUUUGAUGAACGCUUCAAAGGAUAUCAUCAAAGUUUCUUACAAUUUCCAAUAAAAAAAGAUGGUGAGAAUUUAAUAAUUGAUAGAUAAAGGUUUCUAUAAUUUAUUUUCAAAAAGCUUCAACUCACAGAAAUAGAGUAGGAAUAAUUAACAAUAGGUAAUAUAUAUAUUUUAAAGAUAGAAUAUUUUUAUGAUAGAACUAAAAGCAAAUUUAUAUAGACUUCGUAUUAUGUUGUAAAUAAUUGUUUCUAAUUUCCCUAACAUUUUUUUGGAGAUCCAAUGAUCCUAGAGAUGAAGAUAGAUUUUCCUAUAUAGUAUUGGGACAUUGUGCAUUUAUAUGAAGAUGUUAAACAUUAAGAAAAUAUAAUAUAAAAAUAUCGAAAUGAGCAAGGUUAAUUAGAUGAAAAACUAAAUAAAUAUCCUCAUAAAUUAAAAGAAAUCGAAAAUGAUGUUAGAGAUUUAAAAAAUGGUAAUUUAAAUAAUAAGCAGUUGGUUGAUAUUGGUAUACUUUAUAAUAGUACAUUAAUUUAAUUCGAUAAUGAAAUUCAAGAAGCUUAAUUUAUUGACUAUUAAAGUGAAAUAAGCACUAUUGAAAAUGAAAUUAAGAAUGCUGAUAAAAAAAUAAAUUAUGUGAUCUUAAAUGCUACAAAAGAUAAUUUCGAUUAGGUUUUGCGUUUGAAUCCAUAAGUAAUACACUUAAUACUCAAUGGAGAUGUUGAUGUUGAAAAUUAAAGUUCUUUUAUUGAAAUAUAAGAUGAUGAGAAUAGGAUAGAGACAAUAAGUAAUUCAGAUUUUUUUGAUAUAUUUAAAUAUCACAAAAGAAACCUAAAAAGAUUGAAGUUAAUUUGCUUAAGUUCAAUUAUAGCAAAAAAUGUUUUAUUCGAUAAAUGGGAGGAUCAAAAAACAAUUGUAGGAUAGAUAAAGCUUUCUAAUUCUGAAGAUAAAUAUGGUAAUGAUUUUUGGAAAUCUUUUUACAAAUAGUUGAUAUAAGGGGUAAGUUUUAAAGACUCAUACGAUAAUGCUAAAAAAAAUGCAGAAGAAUUAUUUAAAAAAGACCCUAAGCCAAAUGAUUUUACAAUAUGUUGUUGUUAUCAUGAACAUUAAAAGAAGUAAGAUGAUUCUCCCAAUACAUUGGAUUGCCCCAACAAUCCGAUGUUAUAUGGAUAUAAAAAAUGUCAUAAAGAACAUAAGUAAUGUAUAUGUAAUCAUUCUAAUGAUAAUGGUAAUUAUAAUCAUGACUUCUCACAAAAGUUUUUUAUAAAAUCAUGUAAUGGAGGAUAACUUUUAGAAAUUAAUAAAGAUCCGAAUACAAAUCCAGAAUAAACAAUAUAAAGUAUUUUCUUAUAAAUUAAUAAAUAAAUUAUUAUCUUUAUUUAUGGUAAAAAUCACUCUCCUAACAAAUUUGAACUUGUACAUGAUAAAUUAUUAAAUUAUUUUAAAGUAAAUCAUAUUUUUUAUAUAGAAUUACUCUGAAAUUAAAAAAUUGAACCCUCUAAAUUACAAAUAAUUAGAAAUUACUGAAAAAUUUGAUGAUUUGAACUAAAAUAUUGAUAAAUUUCUAGAUGAAUCAGAUGAUAAAUUGAAAAUUCUUAAACUUAUUCAAAUUGAUAAAAAUUGUGAUAAAUCUUAAUUCAGCGAUUUCUAUGAUGAUCUACUUUAUAAAUUUUAAUCUAAAUAAAAUUUAGUCAUAAUAUUAGAAAUGAGUGAUUAAAACCAUAAAUAUUAAUAUUUAGAAAAUAAAAAAAAUAAAGAGUUCCUUCAAAUAUUCUAUUAUGAUAUUAUCGAAGAAGCGCUAAAUAAUUAAAGAUAAUAGUAAUGA